AUGUCAAGCGAAUCAACAACUUUCAUCGUGGAUGUGUCACCAUCAAUGAUAAAAAAUGACAAUGUUUUUAAAUCUAUGGCAUAUUUGGAAUACACGUUAUUGAACAAAUCUAAAAAGAGUAGGAAAACAGACUGGAUAAGCUGUUACCUAGCAAAUUGUCCCAUAUCUGAGAAUUCCCAGGAAAUCCCCAAUGUGUUUCAAAUUCAAUCUUUUUUGGCUCCAGUUACGACGACUGACACGAUUAAAUUCAUAAGACAUUUGAAACAGUAUUGUGWGCAGCAUGCUCGUGAUAGCCCAACUGAAGAUUUUCAGUCUAUGAUUCAAUGUCUCCUAGUUGCUUCAUUGGAUAUCAAGCAAAAAUUUCAAGCAAGGAAGAUUUUAAAGCAAAUAGUUGUAUUCACGGAUAAUCUAGAUGAACUAGAUAUCACAGACGAAGAGAUAAAUGUACUGGUUGAAGAACUAAACGCAAGAAUUGUUUUGAUUGACUGCAGGAAAGAUAGCCAAGAUGAUAGGAAACAAUCAAAUUGGCUGAAGUUAGUAGAAGCCAUUCCAGAUUCGAAAGUAUACACUAUUAAUGAGCUUCUUAUUGAAAUCACUUCUCCUGCGACGAGUAUAGUUAAACCGGUAAGAAUUUUUUCAGGCGAGCUUAGGUUGGGAGCUGAUAUAUUGACGACACAAACAUCGAAUCCAAAGGGUAGCGUGGAGGAUGCAAAUUGUUUGUGCUUCAGAGUAGAGGCAUUUCCCGCCACUAAGGCAAUCUCUGGACUCAAUCGAAAAACCGUUAUUCAGACUGAAGAUUCCAACAAGCAAGUAAAAUACUUAGGGGUUAAAUCCAUAAUUGAAUAUGAAAUUCAUAAUGAAGAAAAUAACAAGAGCGCCAUUGCGAAUGAUGAGGCGGAGCCUUCUUACACUUCAGCAACUAUCUCUAAAGAUUCGGUAACAAAGGCGUACCGUUAUGGUGCAGAUUAUGUAGUGUUGCCAUCUGUUCUAGUCGAACAGACUGUAUAUGAAACAUUUCCCGGGAUGGAUUUAAGAGGGUUUCUGGAUAGAGAGGCUUUGCCAAGAUAUUAUUUAACAUCUGAGUCUUCUUUCAUAGUGGCAGAUACAAGACUUGGCUGUCUAUCUGACGCAAUGGCAUUCAGUGCCCUAGUGGAUGUUAUGUUAGAGAAUAGGAAGGUUGCUGUUGCAAGAUACGUAAGCAGAAAAGACAGUGAAGUGACCAUGUGCGCCCUGUGUCCAGUUUUAAUCGAGCAAGAAGAUAACGAAAGAAAAGUCGUUAGAAGUCUUAUUUCGUGUAGAUUACCAUUUGCAGAAGAUGAACGAGUAACUGAUUUCCCAAAACUACUAAAUAGGACAACUACAUCUGGGGUGCCGUUAAAAAAUGAAACAGAUGAGGACCAGAUCGAUGACCUUAUGGGACAGUUUGUGGAGUCAAUGGACACAGACGAACUACCGGAAAUCCCAUCCUAUAACUACUAUCAAUCCAUAAACAACGUGACGACAGACACCACUCUCCCUCUUCCCGCUUUGAAAAAGGGACAAGACCCAAACAAAGACGAUCCGCUUAGAAUACCCACAGUGUUCAUUUAUAGACAACAGCAAGUGUUAUUGGAGUGGAUUYACCAAUUGAUGAUCAACGACUCGAAAGAAUUUCAGAUCCCAGAACUGCCGGACUCACUGAGAGAGAAAAUCAGCCCCUAUACGCACAAGAAAUUCGAUAGCAAGGAAUUAGCGAAGAUUCUUCGAAUCAAGAAAGCGGACAAACUAAACCUUACAUCAGACUUAAAGGAUCAAUUGGAAAGGGAAAAAAUUCCAGACUUGGAAACACUAUUGAAGCGUGGAGAGCAAGACAACAAGGAGCGUUAG